GCAUUCCCAACCCUCUCAGGGUUAUCCAUGGCAUUCCCAACCUUCCCGGUGUUAUCCAUGGCAUUCCCAGCCCUGCCCCUGCCAGGGGAGGAGAAUCCAGCCCGGAUGGAGGAUCCCGGGCUAUAAAAGCUUCCUCCCCGCCGGGCCGGGCCGGGCCGGAGCUGCCGGCACGGGCGGUGACAGCGGGGGACGCGAUGGCGGCGGGAGCCAGCCGGAGGCUGCAGCGGUCCCUGCUGCUCCUGGCCCUCACCUGGGGCGCCACUUUUGUCCCCUGGCCAGCCCAGGCUUUGCAGAGGAUCGCCCUGCGGAGGAUGCCCUCCAUCCGCCAGACGCUGCAGGAGAUGGGGGUGAAGGUGCGGGAGGUGUUCCCGGAGCUGCGCCGGGGCACACGCGGAGGAGGGGACGGUCCCCGCAACGGGACAGCCCCCACCCUCCUCACCAACUACCUGGAUACCCAAUAUUUCGGCGAGAUCAGCAUCGGGACCCCCGCGCAGACCUUCAAGGUGGUCUUUGACACGGGCUCGGCCAACCUCUGGGUGCCAUCCUACAAGUGCUCCCCCCUCUACAGCGCCUGUGUGUCGCACAGCCGCUACGACUCCUCCAAGUCGCGCACCUACAUCGCCAACGGCACCGGCUUCGCCAUCCGCUACGGCACCGGCAGCGUCAAAGGCGUCCUCAGCCAGGACAUCGUCACGGGAAAGGGGAAUCGCUCGGUCUGGCUGGGAAUUUUGGGAAAGAGGAAUCGCUCCCGCUGUGUUUGGCACGCCAGGAAUUCUCCCCUGAAACCCGGAGGGGAAAUCAUCCUGGGAGGCAGCGACCCCGCCUAUUACACCGGCGACUUCCACUACCUGAACGUCAGCAGGAGCGGCUUCUGGCAGAUCAGCAUGAAGGGGGUGUCCGUAGGAGCCGAGAUCCUGUUCUGCAGGGAAGGCUGCUCGGUGGCCGUGGACACGGGGGCCUCCUACAUCACCGGCCCCGCCGGCCCCGUGUCCGUGCUCAUGAAAGCCAUCGGGGCCACCGAGGUGGCCGAGGGAGAGUACGUGGUGGACUGCGAGCAGGUGCCUCAGCUGCCCAACAUCUCCUUCCACCUGGGAGGGAAGGUUUACGGCCUCAGCGGCCCAGCCUACGUCCUGCGGCAAUCCCAGUACGGGGAGGACGUGUGCGUGGUGGCUUUCUCCGGGCUGGACAUUCCCCCUCCGGCCGGUCCCCUCUGGAUCCUGGGCGCCACCUUCAUCGGUCACUACUACACCAAAUUCGACCGGCGCCACAACCGCAUCGGCUUCGCCAGCGCCCGCUGAGGGCCCGGGGGGACCGGGGGGGACCCGGGGGGGAUCCGGGGGUGGAGAACCAGCCCCGAGGAGCUGCCGGAGCCCCGGGAAGCAGCGAGAGAACAGCAACUCUCUCCCAGCUCUGCCACCUCCUCUCUGUCACUGCAGCGGCUCCCAAACCUCGCCCGCUCCCACUCCCAAACCCCCGCGCUGCUUCCCGGGAGCUUCUCCUGCUGCCGAGAGCUGAGCCUGGAGCGGGGC